AUGGCUGCCGCCUCCGGCCCUUCAGCAGGCGCCGCCACCCGCCCUGCCGUUGCCGUCAUUGCCUCAACGAGGGUGAAGGCCGCAAGCAUCUUCACCGUCGCCACCCAUGUCGCUGUCGCCGUCCGGCGAUCUCCUGCCGCAGCCGCUGCCAAAAAGCGCUCGGCUUCCAACAAGGAAGGAAGAGAAGAUGAUGCUUUCGAGAGAAAAAAUACCAUUCAUGGCUGCCGCCUCCGGCCCUUCAGCAGGCGCCGCCACCCGCCCUGCCGUUGCCGUCAUUGCCUCAGCGAGGGUGAAGGCCGCAAGCAUCUUCACCGCCGCCACCCCUGUCGCUGUCGCCGUCCGGCGAUCUCCUGCCGCAGACGCUGCCAAAAAGCGUUCUGCUUCCAACAAGGGAGAAGAGAAGAUGUACAAAAUCCCAGUGAACAAGUAGCAGAUGCUGAAGCUCUGUUCGAUAUUACCAACACACUGGUGACUUCUGUUAAAGCAUUUAACAAUGAAGGCUUGACUCCUUCAGAUUUUGUUAGCUGUCUUCUGAGGGAUUUCGGGCAAGAUGGUGGACCAAGCAGUAGCCAGCAUGAGGGUAGGAGUUUGAUAUGCUGGAAAGACAUUGGACAAGUAGUCUCUCAUGUUUUCGCGAGUGCUCCUGGUUGUUGCACGAUGAUUGGACCCAUGAACACUGAGCUGAAACAGCGUAAGGUUGCAGUUCAUAGAAAGCGUACAAGACCGACUGAAAAUGAACGUCCUGAAGAGGAACAAGACUUAGUUGCAGAUUCUCCUGAAAGUUACGAUACAGCUGCUGCUAGAGCUGCCGCCAUUCGCAAGGGAUGCCUGCUUUAG